AUGAGGAUAGCUGUCCUCCUGAGCCUUCUGUUCCACAUUGCAGCUGCUUUUCACCAACUCCAUUACCUGGUGGUGAUCCCUGCAGAUCUCCGGUACCCAUCCACCCAAGUUGCCUGCCUCCAUAUCACCUGCUAUGAAGCAAAGCUUCAUGUGAAUCUUGUCCUGGAGCGCUCUGCAGGACGUGAGCUCUUAGUUCAAGAAACCAUCCAGAAGGAGAAGACUUUCAUGUGCACUAAGUUCUGGGUUGCACCUCCAGCUGAUGGCGCAGAGGAGAUUGCCACUGUCAAACUGAUCAUCACAGGUGAAGGAGUCAGUACCGAGGAGAAGAAAAAGGUCCUGAUCCGCAAGGCCAGGAGUGGCACCUUCAUCCAAACAGACAAGCCCGUCUAUCAACCGGGGCAGACAGUGAAAUUUCGCAUCGUGACUCUGGAUGAGGAAUUCAUUGCACUCAACGAUUCGAUUUCCCUGUUUCUCCAGGACCCUAAGAACAACCGGAUAGAGCAGUGGCUGAAUGUGGUGCCCCAAGACGGCAUUGCAGAUCUGUCUUUCCAGCUAAGUGAUGAGCCUCUGCUGGGGACGUACGUCAUCAACGUAACCAACGUGAAAGCAUACAGCAGCUUCUCCGUUGAGGAGGAUGUGCUGCCAAAAUUUGAAGUGAUCUUUGAGGCGCCAAAUCAGGUUUAUGUGCUAGAUAAAACCUUCCCACUCUGGGUGUGUGGCAGAUACACCUAUGGGAAGGGUGUCCAGGGGAUGUUUCGCGUAAGCCUUUGUCAGAAGAUAGCCCCAUUCCUGCCCAGUGCUUCAAAACCUGAUCUCUGUCAGGAAUUCAACAACCAGACAGACGAGACGGGUUGCUUCUUCACAAAUGUGAGCCUGUCGUCCUUCAGUCGAGACUUUCGGUACUAUCGGGACAGCAUAGAUGCAGAGGCUUCGCUGGUAGAGGAUGGCACAGAGAUACACGUCAAUGCUUCCCACAAAUUACUCAUCUCCAAGAUUGGCGGGAUGGCCUUGUUUGAUGAUGUGAAUUCUUACUACCACGCUGGAGAAAUGUACAGGGGGAAGAUUAAAGUCAUUGACUACCAAGGCAUGGCAGUGAAGCACAAAAAAGUCCUCCUCAUAGUAAGCUGCGGUGAGCAGCGAUUUAAGCAGAGGUACAUCACUGGGGACUCUGGGACAGCUUCAUUUAGCCUGAACACGACUGCUUGGAACAGCACCUCAGCCUCGCUGGAGGCAAGUGUCCUGCAUCAAGAUUUGGAUAGAGAGCCUGGGACAGUUGAUUUGAGUUACCAGCGAGCCUCUCAUGUCGUACGUCCAUUCUACAGCACCAGCAGGAGUUUUCUCUCUAUUGUCCGUGUGCCGGAAACAAUGCCCUGUGGUGAAAAGCAGGCCAUUCAGGUGGACUUCAGAAUUUACCCGGAGGACGUGGAACAUGGACCCAAGCGUGUCAUUUUCUCCUACUUUGUCACAGGGAAAGGAGGAAUAGUCCAUGCAGGUCAGAAGACUGUUUGGGUUGGGCUACCAAGAAUGCUGAGAGGCUUCUUCUCCAUCCCUCUUACCUUCAGCUCGAUCUAUGCCCCAACUCCAAGACUUGUUGUUUAUGUUAUCUUCCCUAAUGGAAAAAUCAUCGCUGAUUCUGCCGUCUUCAGUAUCUCCAUGUGUUUCAGAAAUAAGGUGGAACUGGGCUUCUCAAUGCCGGAGGCUCUUCCUGAUUCAGAGGUUGAUCUCCAGCUGCUGGCAGCUCCUGGGUCCACGUGUGCCGUCUGGGCUGUGGAUCAAAGCGUCCUUUUGCUGAAGCCAGGAAAAGAGCUUAGCAGCUCCUCGAUCUAUGGGCUGUUCCCAUCUGUUUAUAACUCCAGGUAUCCUCGCCAAGUGUCGGAAGAUGAUCAUUCAUGCGGGUUCCCAUAUUCUGAUGAGCCUGAUGUGUUUACAGCAUUCAGGGACAUGGGGUUGAAAGUUAUGUCCAACACCAAUAUCAGGAAACCCAGAAUGUGUCCAACCACUCCAUCGACAACUAUGCUGCAGGAAACAGGAAUGUUGCCUUCCAAGCCCACGCUGAUGUUUGCCCAGCCCCAUAAAGCAUAUAACAGUAAGCAUCUGCUGACUCAUCUGACAACAUCUACCUAUCGGCCCACUAUGUUUUCACCAGUUUCUUCAGCUGAAGAGAAAAUGCACAAGCAUUUCCCCAAAACCUGGAUAUGGGAUUUGUAUUCUGUAGGUCCCAGCGGGAGCAAGAACGUGACUCUCACUGUACCUAACACCAUCACAGAAUGGAAAGCAGGGAUGUUCUGCACAGGACCUAAUGGCUUUGGACUUGCUCCAACCUCCAGUCUGCUUGUUUUCAAGCCCUUUCUUGUGGACCUCACACUGCCAUCUUCUGUGAUCCAGGGUGAGACCUUCAUCUUGAAGGCCACAGUCUUCAACUACCUGCAGAGAUGCAUGAAGAUCCAAGUGACCCUGGAGGAGUUUGCACACUUCCAGCUGAAGCCAUGCAAAGGCUGUGUCUACAGCAGCUGCUUAUGUGCCGGUGAAGCCAAGACCUUUCAGUGGAGUGUCACAGCUGAGCAACUGGGGUUCAUGAACAUCACCCUCAGCACAGAGGCUGUGGCCACCGAAGAGCUCUGUGGCGAAGAGAUACCGUUUGUCCCAAACCAAGGACAGAAAGACACGAUCAUCAAAAUCCUUCUAGUCCGGCCAGAGGGAGUGUUGGUAGAAAAGGCUCACAGCUCCAUCCUGUGUCCCAAAAAAGGGAAUCCAGCACAGGAGUCUGUGUCCCUGAUGUUGCCUCUAAACGUGGUUGAAGGUUCAGUCAGAGCGACCAUCUCAGUCACCGGUGACCUCAUGGGGACGGCACUGCAGAACCUGGACCAUCUGGUGCAGAUGCCCCACGGCUGUGGGGAGCAGAACAUGGUGCUCUUUGCCCCCAUCGUCUAUGUGCUGCAGUACCUGGAGAAGACGAGGCAGCUGACCCCUGAGAUCAAGGAGAGGGCAACAGGAUUCCUGCGCAAUGGCAAGUGUGGAUGGGGAAGUCCCCUUGGCCGCCUACAUCACUGCUGCAUACUUGGAGGCAGGAGAGACACCAGAGGUGGGCAGAUCCAUUGGAGCCAGACCUCAUCCAAGCCCAGACCCAGCACCAGCCCUUGGUCACAGCCGCUGUCUGUGGACGUGGAGCUGACAGCCUAUGUCCUCCUGGCCCUGCUCUGCAAGCCCAACGUCACAGGGUCUGAUCUCACCACAGCCUCUGGCAUCGUGGCCUGGCUCACCAGGCAGCAGAAUGCCUAUGGAGGGUUUGCCUCAACACAGGACACAGUAGUCGCCUUGCAGGCCUUGGCUAAGUAUGCAGCGCUGACGUACAGCACGAAAGGGGCUGCAGAAGUGAGGGUGAGGUCCCAGAGAGGCUUUGGGAAGAAGUUCCAAGUCUCCUACCAGAACCGGCUGUUGGUGCAGGAGGCAGCACUGCCAGGAGUCCCGGGCAAGUUCUCGGUGCAGGCCCACGGCAGCUGUUGUGUCUUUACCCGGAUGGUGCUGAGGUACAACACGCCCUCUCCACAGGUCUCCACAUCCUUUGCCUUGCGAGUGAAAACCGAGCCAGUCAAUUGCACCGAGGACGAUCCACACUCUGUUACUGUCUAUGUCAAUGUCAGGUACACUGGGACGAGAGCCAUUUCCAACAUGGUGAUCGUGGAGGUGUCCCUCCUGUCCGGAUAUAUCUUGGCUCCAGGAUCUGGGAUGGCUCUGCAACAUUGGCACUCUGUGAGAAGAACUGAGAAAACACACGGAGGUGUUGCCAUCUACUUGGACAAGCUGAGCCAUAAGUCUGAGACAUAUGUCCUGCAUCUGGAGCAGGUGAUUGGGGUGACCAACCUGAAACCAGGUCAUGUUAGGGUCUAUGACUACUACCAUCCAGAGGAGCAGGCCCUGGCUGACUAUAAUGUCUUCUGCAUCUGA